AGUAAAACUAUAUACUCCGUGUUUGGUUUUGGCGCAGAUGUUGUAUCACUCCGCGACAGCAGGUGGCGCAACUGUUUCACAACAAUAAAGGGAAAAAAACGGCGUAGCGGCAGUUUCCGGCUGAACUAAGCUGUGUGAGAAAUUAUUAAUCAUGGACAUUCGACCGAAUCACACCAUCUACAUCAACAAUGUUAACGAUAAGAUCAAGAAAGAAGAGUUGAAGAGGUCGCUGUACGCCUUGUUCUCCCAGUUCGGCCAGAUUAUGGACAUCGUUGCUCUGAAGACCAUGAGGAUGAGGGGUCAGGCGUUUGUGAUCUUCAGAGAGCUUUCUGCAGCCACCAAUGCCCUCAGACAGCUUCAGGGAUUCCCCUUCUACAACAAGCCCAUGCGAAUCCAGUAUGCAAAAACAGACUCCGACCUGAUCGCUAAGAUGAGAGGCACGUAUGGAGAUAAAGAAAAGAAGAAAGAGAAGAAAAAGAAAGCCCUGGAACAGGCGGCCAAUGUCAACAAGAAACCAGCGGGAACUGUAAACACACAACCUCCUCCACCUGCCACAGUCCAGGUCCCUGACAACCCACCAAAUUAUAUUCUGUUCCUGAAUAAUCUCCCAGAAGAAACCAACGAGAUGAUGCUCUCCAUGUUAUUCAACCAGUUUCCUGGGUUUAAAGAAGUGCGGCUGGUCCCUGGAAAGCAUGACAUUUCGUUUGUGGAGUUUGAGAGCGAGACUCAAGCCGGAGUUGCGAAAGACGCGCUACAGGGGUUCAGAAUCACAGCCACGUGUGCAAUGAAGAUCACUUAUGCCAAAAAGUGACCCGGCUCUCACACAUUUCCUGAGAAAUGCAGAUUGUACUGGACUGUAACUGAGGCUUUAUCAGUGGAUCCUCUGAUUUGCGUUUUUUUUAAUUGGCUUUGUUCAGUGACUGUUUAAAUAUUUUGUUGUUGUUUUUAUUCGGUCACUGAGGGACAUAAUAAUUUUCCAAGACAGAUCUUUAUUUUGUACUGUGGACUAAUAAAAUUAGCCUCUAAAAUAAAUGUCACCUUGCCCUCCCA